CAUUGUUUUUACAGGGUCAACAACACGAAGCGAUAAAUGAGAAAGUGGCAGCUAUCCAAUGAGAAACACAACCGGUGUUCCAAACAAGUGAACUGACCAGUCGGUGGAGCUUUUUGCCGUGUACCUUUGAUUGACAGCUACAACGUAUGUUACAUGUCACAUAACUUAUGCAAGACGCAGCUGAUUGGCUUGUUGUAGAGAGGGUCUUUAUUAGCUUCUUUUAUUGGUUCUGGUAAUAGCGGGGAAGACAUGUCACAUUUCAUCUGUCAGCAAUCGAAAUCAACAUUGAUGAGUCUCCUGUUUCCUACCUCAAACGAUUUUACGGUAAAUCUAGUUUUAAUUUGAGAAUAGAUCUCGAGGGGAAAAUGUUCGUCUCCUUGUUUGUGGCAUGGUGGAUGGCCUGCUUAGCUACAGGAGUUUCAGGCUUUUCCGGAUUGGUUCCUAUUUCAUUCAUUCAAGAACCGAGCUACACCGUAGCCUACAAAAAUAAGCCAGUUACGUUAAAAUGUAGAGUGGAUGGGAAGCCCCCUCCGUCCAGUUUCACAUGGGAAAAAGACGGACAGGAAAUCAUUCUUGAUUCAAGGAGGAGGAUACAAUCAAAUGGAGCGUUGCACAUUACAAGAAUAAUCCAUACGCGGGAGAGCAAACCCGAUGUUGGAGAAUAUCAGUGCUUUGCUUCAAAUGUAAGAGGCAGAAUUGCCAGUCGCAAAGUUCGUUUGGAUGUCGCUGGAAUGUCAAAGAAGUUCCAUAAGGAGCCCCAAAACACAAUAACUUGGGUAGGAUCAAUUGCAAGGUUUUCUUGUCAAAUCCAACAUGCUGUUCCAGUAGCCACAUUAGUAUGGGAAAAAGAUGGCAGCCCUUUAGAACCUAGUGACAGAUCUGUUAUAUUGAAGGAAGGAGUACUGCAAAUAAAAGAUGUCAGAAAAACAGAUGAAGGAAACUACAGCUGUGUGGCAGAAAAUGUUGUCAAAACACGCCGCAGCAACCUUGGAAGCCUCGCAGUCCUAACUGUUGCCGUGAAUGAAAGAUUUCUGUUAGCACACGAGUGGAGUUUUUGCAUUCCACCACAGACACAGACAAAGGAAAGUUGGCAGCUUCUACAACAAAUUGACUUUCAGUUCCCGUCGCUAGCAGAAGAUUCAAAUUUCGAAAGUAAAUCAGAAAAGAAUGGAGCUUUCGGGACAAUUUUCAAUCACUGUAGGAGCAGCAUGUCGAUCUCUCUGAAUAUAACUCAAACUUUAAUUUACAUUGAAGACCUCAAUAUUAAUAUCUCAUUUGUGAAGGAUUCGUCAAGAGUAAGGACAAGCCCACAAUUUCUUGGAGAACAUCAAAACAUAACCGCUAUGAAGGGGGGCUCGGCUGUAAUAGAAUGUGCUGCAACUGGAUAUCCCCUUCCAAAGCUGCUCUGGAAGAAAGUGGAUAAACAUUCUGGGAGAACUUACAAUGUUUCUAAUCUCACUUAUGGAGUCAACAAUCUCAAUUUUACCAAUGUUGAAAAAAGUGAUGAAGGACAGUAUGAGUGUUAUGCACAUGCAGAUGGAAAAACCAUUUCCAGAAUUGUUUGGCUAAGUGUCACAGUGCCACCUCAAUUUACAAGAAAACCUUCCGGAUUGGUGUGGAUGAUUGAAGGUAAACCCUUGAAGUUGAAUUGUGCAGCUAGUGGAGAACCAGUUCCUUUGGUGUACUGGCUUAAAAAUGGGAAAAAGCUGAAUUCCAGCGAUAACCAUACAUAAGUUACCUCUGGCAAGGGAAGAGCAGACUUGACAGAAUCCAGUUCACCACCCAGUAAUACAUUGUACCAGUGCUUUGCACAGAAUGAAGCAGGAAGUAUUCAGACUGUAGCUUGUCUGAUUGUUCAAAGAAAAGGCGAUCGACCUGGCCCACCAGUAAAUGUUGUUGCCCUACCAUUAUCCUCAUCCUCCAUUGUUAUAAGCUGGAGUCCUCCCGUUGGAAACCAUAUUAUCGGUGCAUACACUCUGCAUUACGAACAGUUAGGGAAACCAAGCACAGCUAUGGCCAAAGUCAUUAGUAAAGAUACCCACAGCUAUGAAGUACAAGAACUGUUGGGAUACACAAAUUACAGUUUGUAUGUGAAGGCUUAUGCCAAAGCUGUUGGAUAUGAAUCAGAAGUAAUUGUGCAGAGGACAAAGGAAGACCGACCAACCAGAGCUCCGAUUGAUGUAAAAGUCUCCAGUCAAACUCCAGAUAGUCUCAAUGUGGAGUGGGCACCACCACCUAGAGAUUAUCGUAAUGGUAUCAUAACAAAAUAUGUGAUUUCCUAUAAAGAAGAGUAUCACAAAGGAGAGGCAAGCUCUGUGGAAGUUCUAGGGCAGACUCUUAAAAAGACCGUAAAUGGAUUGUCCAAAGGAACUUCUUACGCGAUUAGAGUGGCUGCUGCUACAGUCAAAGGUGUUGGGCCUUUUAGUGGAGCUGUGAAGGGAAGAGUUCUCAAUCAGACAUCCAAUGUGAUCAGCCCACCAACUGUAUGGAUUGCAGACCAUAACUCAAGCACAGCAAUUGUGAAAUGGCUUCCCCCAACAUAUGGCCAAUACUCAGUAGAAGAGUAUCAUUUAUUUUAUGUCCACAUGCAAGAUCACAGCAUGGAAAAAGGACCAUUCAUUGUUGACAAACAGCAGCGAACUUACAUUUUACAAAGAUUAAGUCCUGGAAGCCGAUAUCUAAUUAAAUUGAUGGCUUGGGAUGGUAGAACUUUAGGUCCUCCCGGAGCAACCUAUGUCACCACUGACAGGGGUCCAGGUGCUCCAGAUCCUUCAAAAGAUCCACUAAUCCCUCCACGACCCAUUCAUUUGGUGUGUACUGUUGACAGUCCAACUUCAAUCCUCCUUACAUGGCAAACACCUUUGUCUUCAGGAAGCACCACCCACUACACAGUGACAUAUUUCUUGCGAAGCAGGAUAAGACAUGACCCUAUCAAGAGAACAGUUUAUUCUGAGAAUAUUGUCUUACGUAGACUUACUCCUGGAAGAGAGUACACAAUCUCUGUUCAGUCUCACUAUAGAUCUGAGAAAGAGAUUUUUCCAGGUGUCAGCACGGCAUUCAAAAACUGUAAACUUCCACUAAGUGAACUAAGCUCACCUCCACAAAAUAUCAAAUAUGAAUACCUGACUGUGAGAUCUGUGGAACUAGAGUGGGAGGCACCUCUUAAACCUAAUGGAAAGCUCAUCAGCUUUGAUAUUCUCUACGCUUACAACAAGUCCUAUCCAGAUUCCAUGUGGGAAAAUGUAUCCUACUCCUUGGGCUUUUUCGGCAGUAAGAUUAAGCAGUUCAAUCAAAGAUUAUUAGGCAUCAAGAAAGGGACAGAAUUCUACCUCAAGAUUCGUGCUGAGAACAAUCAUGGAUUUGGACCUUUUACUAAAAUAGUAACAAUCAAGCCGCCCUCUGUAGCAGAAAGGGUUGGUCCAAAUGUUACAUACAAAAUCCUGCCAUCCAGCCAGGUACAGGUACAGCUGUCAUGGAAGUGUCCAAGAGUUUUCAAUGCUUUGGUGAAAAGCUUCACCAUUCUUUUUACAAAUGACACACACCUACAAGAUGAUGAAUGGCAUGUGCAGACUGUUAGUAUACCAUCUUCUAGAAGAUUUCCAGAUAUAGUGACAACCACCCUGUAUGUGAAGAAAACCUUCAUUUAUGUUAAAGUACGUGCAGAGUACAAUGAUGACGUUGCAGGAAAGUGGUCCAAAAUAGUAAAAAUUCCCUCUGAUGAUCAUUCUCUGACAACAGUAGGGCCAAGGCUUUCAGAGUUAGAUGACAAUCCAGAAAUGAAUAUAAAGCUUGGUAUCAUUAUUGGGUGCACUAUCAGUGCCUUUUGCAUAGUAGUUCUUCUUCUCUUUAUUCUUUGGAGAAAUCCUUGCAGGCAUUCUGUUCUCCAGAAGAGUGAAAAGAAGGCAAAUGUCAAAACAUUGCCACCCAUGAAUGUGUCUCUGCCGUCACACAAACAAAUGGCUUUGUCUUCAAAACAAGAUAAUAGUGGAUCGACAGAAGAAACAUCUGCCAGUUCAGGGUUUUGCCAGUGUAGAUGUACCUGUGGAGCUGGUAGAUGGCCAUUGGGACCAACAAUGAUGAGGACCAAUAAUCGAAUACCUGGAAGCAGUGAUAGUUCCACGCCAAUAACACAGGUUUUUUCACAGUCUUCUCCAGAUGCCAAUAGUGAAGACAGUGGAAGUGGUCAUGAUCUUAGAGGAAGAGGAGAUCAGACAAACAGUCCAGGAUCUUCAUCAAGUAGUCUGUCGGUUGAAUUACACAAAAAUGGGGAGAUACAUACAGUACCAGUCUCAUCAAAAAGCCAAAGGAAGAGCAUAUCUGUUGAUGUGUGAAAGGAAUUAUUCUGAUCCAAGCGCUUGGACCCAGCUACUUCUUGAUGGUCAACAUUGUCGUUAAGUUUUACAAUCUUUCAUGAAGGAACUCUUAUGAAAACUAUAUUAUUUCCCAAGUUGAAAUGGUAAAUUGGCCACCGUAACGAUUACAAAAGCUGACGUUUCGAGCGUUAGCCCUUCGUCGGAGCCA